CUUGGAGUGUAUUGUGACCAGCGAUUGACCGGCAAUCAGUGCAAACACCCUGGCUCACCGCUAUGCAAUGGUGCAGAGUUGAGGUCGCGUGAACGAUGCCCACGAGGCCCACCGAGCCAGGGAACGCGAAUCCUGAUGCUGAAGAAGACCAUGGCUCCGAAAGAGUAUAUGACAAGGCUGCGGCCUCUGUUGAGCCAUUAUGGGACGCAGACGACGACGGCUACGAGAUGGCUGAGAUGAGCAAAGACGGCAAGCGAAUAGACGAAGAGUACGAGGAUGUACAACAAGCGAUGGGAGGAGCGGAAGAGCAGGACAGUGCAGAUGAAGACGAUCGAGCACCUCUGGCUGGGACAGGACGGCGCAGACGACGAAGCAGUCUGCAGUCGUUUCAACUAUACACACCAGACGAAGAGGCGAGGGUGCGACACAAGCUAGACACGAGGCUGGUGCUGUUCGUAGCACUUCUAUACAUGAUGGCUUUUCUCGACCGCAGCAAUAUUGGUAAUGCCAAAACCGCUGGCCUCACUGCCGACCUUCGGCUCACCGAUGCGCAAUUCCAAUGGCUCCUGACCGCCUUCUACAUAACAUACGUCCUCUUCGAAUGGAUGACGCUCUGCUACAAGAUCUUCCCGCCGCACAUCUACAUCGCCACAUGCGUCUUCGUCUGGGGUGUCAUCGCUUCACUGCAGUCCCUCGUCACCAGCUUCGGCUUCCUGCUUGCCUUGCGAGCACUUCUCGGCAUUGGAGAAGCCGCAUUCGUUGGAAUGCCCAUCUACUUAUCCUUCUUCUUCCGACGCGAAGAAUUGGCCUUCCGGACCGGCAUCUUCAUCGCCGCAGCACCUCUCGCCACGAGCUUCGCAAGCAGUCUCGCCUACCUCAUCGUCCGCUUCGGUAACGCCCUCCCCAUCGCUAAUUGGCGACUCCUCUUCCUUCUCGAAGGCUUCCCCGCUUGCAUCGUGGCAAUUUGGACCUACUACUGGCUCCCGGACUCCCCCUCGCAAGCCCGCUGGCUCACGACCCGCCAACGCAAAAUCGCCUCCCUGCGCAUGCGCAGCGAAGUCCUCAAUGCCACCACCACAACCAAACCUGGCACAAAAACGAACGUACCCCGCCACAAACAACCCUUCUCCUGGUCCUCCGUCCUCACCACCCUCCAGGACCCCAAAUCCUACCUCACAGCCGCAAUCUUCUUCAGCUGCAACGUAGCCUUCAGCAGCAUGCCCGUCUUCCUCCCCACAAUCCUCAACGCCAUGGGUUCCACCCCUCUAAAAUCCCAACUCCUCGCCGCCCCACCAAACCUCUUCGCCUUCUUCACCGUCCUCUUGUCUGCCCACCUCUCCGACAAAUUCCAAACUCGUACAAUUCCCCUCCUCUUCCACUCCCUCCUCGCUGCCUCAGGUUACAUUCUCCUCACACUAGCUGGAACAUUCCAACUUUCGCAUGGGAUUCGGUAUGCGGCGGUUUUUCCUGUUUGUGCGGGAUUUUUCUCUUGUGUUACGAUUAUUAUUACUUGGACGGUGAAUAAUCAGCAGUCGGAUGAGGGGAAGGGGACGGGGAUGGCGGUUUUGAAUCUUGUGGGACAGAUGGGGCCGUUGGUGGGGACGAGGUUGUAUCCUGAUGCGGAAGGGCCGUAUUAUACCAAGGGUAUGGCUGUUUGUGCGGUGGCGAUGGGGUGUGUGGCGGGUUUGACUUUGGUGCUGCGAGGUGUGGUGAGGGCACAGAAUCGGAAGAGGAGGAGACUCGGGGAAGGUGGGAAGGAGGAAGAGUUGUUGACAUGA